AUGGAGAACAUGUUUGAGUUGUUGGACGACAACACCUGCGUCAGCGACCCACCGAACGCCUCGCGUCUCGCAGUUUCCGGUGGCAAAAUCGAGUUCCGCAAUGUGUCGUUCUCUUAUGUGCCCGAACGUCCAAUUCUGAAGAACAUCUCCUUCACGGUGAUGCCUGGGAAGAAGGUUGCGCUGGUCGGUCAAACCGGGAGCGGGAAGUCCACGGUCGUUCGCCUGCUCUUCCGUUUCUAUUCCCCGCUUAGCGGUGAGAUCUUGAUCGAUGAGCAGGACAUCUCUCACGUCACCGAGUCCUCCCUGCGCCAGGCGAUUGGCGUUGUGCCCCAAGACACGGUGCUUUUUAACGACACUAUCGCCUACAACAUCCGCUACGGCCGACAUUCUGCCUCGCCAGAGGAAGUUCAGGGCGCAGCGAGGGCUGCCGAGCUGCACGAGCGUCUGCAAGACUUCCCGGACGGCUACGACACGCUGGUGGGCGAACGCGGCUUGAAGUUGUCCGGUGGGGAGAAGCAGCGCGUGGCCAUUGCGCGCACCAUCCUCAAGGGUCCGCAAAUCGUCCUUCUCGACGAGGCGACGUCGGCUUUGGACACGGCGACAGAGCGCCUCAUUCAGGAGAGUUUGGAGAAGAUUUGUGAGAACCGAACGACCAUCAUGAUCGCCCACCGGCUCUCCACGGUUCGCAACGCCGACGAGAUUCUGGUGAUGCAUCAGGGCGAAAUCGUUGAGCGCGGAAACCACGAAGAGCUACUCGCCGUUCCUGAUGGACGUUAUGCGUCACUUUGGCUUGAACAGAGCAGCCAUGAUACCAUAAAAUCCUCGUCAUCUUGA